AUGAGCGUCGGCGUGCCCGGCAUGUGGGCGCACUCAGGCGAUCGAUGGCUACAUGCUGAAAUGCGCCGCGCCGUCGCGCGCAUCUGCAUGGAGGAGAACUUCACCCAUGCAGACGGCGGCUCCCUGGACGCGGUGGCGGCGGCAGCCAACAGCUUCCUCGCGUCGGUGGGCCUCCGGGCACAGGCCCUCGCGCGGUUGGCCGGGAGGGACGGCCUCGGCGAGGCGGACGUGCGGGCCGCCAUCGAGCGCGUCUGCGCGGAGGGGGGGCCCGUGGCUGAGGGGCUGCUGCAGGAGGUCGACGAGGAGGAGGAGGAGGCGGAGGAGGUUGCCGACGACAAGGCGGCCGAUUGUGGCUUGCCGCCGUCGGUGCCGCUGCCAGCCGCGCCCGCGGCCGGCACGCCGCACGACCUCACGCAGUUGUUCGACGCAUUUGCUGGCGAGGCUGACCGCUGCCCCGCCGCGCCCUGGCUGCCGCCGCUCCCCCCGGAGUGGAUGCUCGAGGGCGGCCGCGGCGCCGCGCCCAGCGGCGGGCUCGGCAACCAGCAGGCCGCGCCCCUGGGCGCCGAUCCUGUCGGUGGCCAGCGGCUCCCGGAGGAGCUAUGGGGCUCGGCUUGCGGCCGGCGGCCUCGGGUGCCCUCCUUCGCGGGCGGUGCCGCCUGUAGGGACGCUGCUCGGGCGGCGCUGCUGGACUUCGCGGCCGCGGCCGCCGGAGGCGCAGGCGGUGGCGGUGCUGGCCCGUGGCCGCAGGCAGGGCCGGGGCCCGGGAGCAGCACGGCGUUGCCCCUGCAGGCAGCCCAGCCUCUCGGCCGAUCGAGAGGGGACGCGGCGCUGGCCGGGCGGAGCGGUGCCGCGCCGCCAGGCCCGGGAUCGGCCGCGGCCAGCGGCCCGCCGGCCGCGAAGCGGGCCAGGGAGGACCUCCGCAUCAGGCUGAGGCUCAGAGCACCUUCGCCCGGGGCGGCGGUGCCCGCCGCAGCCCCGGCGGUCUCGACAUCGGAGGCGCGGGCGGCGCCGCCAGCGGCGCUGCCCGCCGCGGUCCCGCCGCCGGUGGCCUCGCCUGCAGCCACACCCCCGCCGUUGCCGCCGCAGAGGAGGCACCCGCCAGGGCGCCCCUUCCCGUGCCCUCGGCCGCGAGUGCUGAGGACCUCCAGCAGGCCGCGCGGCGAGGGCCGCUGGCAGGGCUGCGGGCCCUGGGCGCCGAGGGGGCCAGGUGUUGGCAGAACCGUUACGGCCAGAGCCUUCUGUUCUUCGCCGCUUCGAGGUGCACCGACUCGCCGUGCGACGACGUGGACGUGUGCCGCUACCUGUGCGAGGAGUUGCGCCUCCGCGUUGACCAGCAGGACGCCGUCGCCUCGCAAACGCCGCUGUUCUACGCCGCCAGCCGUGGCCACGAGGCCGUGGUCGCCUACCUGCUCGAAGCGCGGGCGGACCCCCAGCUCAGGGACGCGGCGGGCCGGUCCAGCCUUUUCCUCGCGGCCCAAACUGGCUCCGAGGGCAGCGCCCGGCGCCUGCUGGGCGCGGGGGCGGACCCGAACGCGGCGGACUUGA